UGUUGCAGCAGACGUUCAGCCGGUGGGAGUAAAGCAGAGGGAUUGUGUCCACGGGAGUUACAGCGGAACAGAUUCCACGGGAGACAAACACCAAGAACUAGCGGCGGCUGGUAGCGAUUACGACAUGGCUGCAGUCCAGUCCAGGCGGGUCCUGAACCUCGUUAUCGACACAGACGUGGGGUCGGAUGACGCCAUGGCCAUCAUCUUGUGUUCUGCAGCACAGAGGAAGGGAGACGCGAACAUUUGGGGUAUCACGUGCGUUCAUGGCAACACGUCACUGCAGAACGUGUGCGCCAACACCCUGAAGACACUGCACACGCUUGGCCGACUCGACAUUCCUGUGUUCCGUGGAGCCGCGGAUUCUAUAGUGGAGACGUUUCAACGAGCGGAGAAUAUCCAUGGCAGUGAUGGGUUCGGGAAUUUCGAUUACCGAGACGCCCCUGACGUGGCCCAAGUAAUGCAGAAGGAGAACGCAGUCAACUAUCUCACGCGCAUCGCGUCCCAGAAUCCAGGUGCAGUUACCCUCCUGUGUCUCGGUCCACUAACAAACGUCGCUCUAGCCAUCAGAAUGGAUCCCAGUUUCUGCACAAACGUCAAAGAGAUAUUUAUAAUGGGUGGAAAUAUAGAAGGCAUAGGAAAUGUGACAGCUGCAGCGGAGUUCAACUUCUGGUGUGAUCCCGAGGCGGCCUAUGUAACAAUACAUAACAUGAAAUGCCAAAUUACAAUAUUCCCUUGGGAGGCGGCAUAUAAAUACGGCAGAAUUUCAUAUGAGUGGCGGAAGAACGUUCUGGGCGCCGUUGAGAGUCCACAGGCUCAGCUGAUGAACAAGGUUGAGAAGUUGAUGCUGGACAGAGAGAUGUAUGGGGUGUGGAGUCGGUGUGAUCCGUUGGCGGCAGCCAUCUUGUUGGUACCUGAGGUCGCAACUAAGAUGAAAGAGGUGUAUGUGUCGGUAGAGCUACAUGGUCACAACACCAGAGGCGCCAUGGUAGUAGACCACUUAGAGAAAUUAGGAUUCAAACCAAACGUAACCAUCAUCGAAAGGGUUGAUUUAGAACUGUAUAAAAAGUUACUUCUAGAAGCAUUCGACCCGGACAUGAUCAAACCCUGAGCCUCACAGUAUUACACACUACACAUAAAACUGAAGAACUUUGUACCAAUUGCCGCUACUUCCGCCCUACCAGCGCGAUAUUGCUCCGCACCAGAGAUAUACCUUGUGUACUUGUCUGUUCAGAACGAAACACAUUAAAAAAAGAAAAAGGAAUAAAAUAUUACCACUCUGGUUUCCGAAACAGGAAGGCAUUAAAUAUAGCCUAAAAUAGGCCUACUACAUUUAAUAAAUAUUACCUAGUUAAGUAUUUCCAACGUAUCAAAAUAUUUCGACCCACAAAAUGCCAACAUCAGGAGUACAGAUAGACUUGAAAGGAUUCUGAUGAUGGUGUAUACUGUACUUAUUUUGGAUUUCGCUCAUCGUCUGGUAUGUA